AUGGUACACGAACCGUCCCCAUUGCAGGGUACCUUACGUCUGUUCCAGACUGAGCCUAUUCCUCUACCCUAUUUCGAAACCAAUGCACAGCAUCCCAAUAAGCUGAUAUUCAUACCUGGCCUCACUGAUACGAUGGGUGUCGUGCCGUACCUUCCAAGCCUUGCGUCUGUCUUAAAUGAUCUUGAGUACUCCCUUAUACAAUUCGUAAAAUGCUCCGAUUUGGGUGGAUUUGGGACAUCAUCACUCGAAGGUGAUGCGCAGGAAAUAGCACAACUGGCAGAGCAUCUACUCACUCGUUCUGACUCUCCAUGUACAGGUAAACUUGUGCUCAUGGGCCACUCUACAGGUUGCCAAGAUGUUGUGACAUUCCUUUCUGAGGAGCGCUUGAAUCUAAAAACAGGCCAACAAAUUCUAGUGCACGGGGGCAUUUGUCAAGCGCCGGUUUCGGACAGCGAAUACUUUGACUCACACGAUGGAAGUCAAAACUCCGCACGGGAAUUGCUCAGUAAGAGUCAAGAAUGUGUGAAAAAAGGUCUUCCUGGUGCACUACUUGAUCGUUCUCACAUUUCUCCUGUCAGGACCUCUGUGAAAGGUCGCGGAGAGGGCAAUUCUGCAGCGGUACUAACCCCAGCUUUUACCGCAUAUCGUUUCGCAAGCUUAAAUGGACACCAUGGUGAUGAUGAUUUAUUUAGUAGCUACCUGGACUCCGAAGGCAUUGUUCGCACCCUUCAACCUGCAUUACAUCGUGCUCCAUUGCUUAUGCUGUUUGGCAUGAAUGACGAAUAUGCACCACCUGAUGUAGAUCCUGUGCAAAUCGCGAAGCACUGGGAGACAUCCCUGCGCAACCUUCCGUUGUCCACCAAAGUCGUGCCUAGGGCGAAUCACAAAGUGGAUGAUGCUGUCGCUCAGAAAACGUUAUGCGAUGCUGUGGCGACUUUCUUGCGAGGUCUUUCGUAG